GGGGAUUGGAAUUAGAUAAUCUUAAAGGUCCCUUCCAGCCCAAACCAUUAUGUGAUUCUGUGACAUGUACAUUAUAGAUAGUGGCCCUCAUGCACUUGCUGAAGGCCCAGUACCUACACAAGGCAGCAGUCUGACAAGAAGUGCAGUAUUGUGAUCUUUGCAGGUCAGGAAUAUGCCCUGUGCUGCACAUAGGCAUUAUUAAUUGCUUGAGUUUAGAUAACAGGAGAAGUUAGAGCAAAAUGUUCCUCCGAGGAUUCAGAGUUCAAACUGCCAUUGAAUUUUUAUGGGAAAACUUUGUAUGUUUUUAUUUCCAAGAGCACUACCAAAAAUGUACCAACUAAUAUUUAAAUGAGGGCGGAGGGAAAUAACAAACCAAGUUUGUUGGUUUUUGUUUUUGAAGUUUGCAGAGAUUUUGUUGGCAGCAAGAUUUAUAUUUUGGAAGAAUUUACAUUACAUACAACAUAGUGUGCCUGUGGCCCUAUUGUAUGGCUACUGCACUGUCUCAACUUAAAGCUGUUCCUAAAGAGUAAAUAUCAGAAUUUGGGACUCAGUUGAUAAUAUAAAGGAGAGUAGUUAAGCACAAAUUCCAUUUUCUGCCAGUUUUUAAGGACUGUUUCUGACAUGCUAAAAAAACUAUUCUUUGAACUAAAAUACUUACAUCCAAAAGUUGUUACAUCUCUAAUGAGAAUAUAAUUUUCCACAGGAAGCAUUGCAGCAGCAGUUCUGUUUGAAUUCUUCCAGUGCAUGAUGGUGCAAUCAAUCCUAGCUGAUCAGUACCCCGCAGCAAGGCAAAAGGACAGUUAUGUUUGUCUAACCGUAAGCUUUGGACUAUGGGUGCUUGGGAUUUGGCAGAAACAGAGUAUGCAUUCUCAAGAAUCACUCUGGAUGUAGGGGAACAGGGACCCUCAGCUCAUGAAGCCAGUCAAGAAGGUGAAGCCCACCUAAGGAGUGGGGAAGCAUAUUUUUCACAGAAAUACAAUGCUAACCAUUGUUGGUUGUUGAGUACUCAAUAUAGAUGGCUAAUAGAAUUUAGUUUAGUUAAUAUGGUUGAGAAAUUAGUUUAAUUCAUAUGGAUGAAAAAAAAAAAUAAUGUUUCUUCUUGAUUACCUUUCAUUAUUAAUCAGCAAAUGACACUGAGCUCCAGGCAGCUCACUGCCCUUUUAAUUUCACUGAAGACUGUAAAGGUGUGUAGUGUGGAAUUUGCCAGGGAAGUAAUUUUUUCAGUAACAGAAAAGAUAUUUGUACUGGGGGGUACUGAUCUCUCCUGGCUCCUAUUUGUCUUUGUUUCACCAUUGUUGACACUGUAAUUAUGUAAGCUGAGGUUGCAGGCUAUUUAACUUCUUCACAGUGUUUAAGCAUGGAUAUUCUCGGUGAUUGAACUGCUGACCCUAUUGAGAGCUGGGCGUGGAAUUGAACUGAUUCUGCUUAUCCAUCUCUAUAGAAAACCUUAUGUUGUCUGCUUAUCUGAAGAGUCCAGUUACCAAAAGCAGGGAUUUUAGAUACCAGUAGACCAGUAGAUAUCUGUGAUGUGUUUUUCUUUAGCAUGUAUAUGAACAUUAAGUGAUUAAAAUAGAAUAGAGAGGGUUAAGAAUUGUCUAAAAGGCAUAUUGAUAUGUGCUCUGUGUAGUCUUUCUGUGGGGUCAGGGUCUGUGGGAAGAUUAAAAGCAAGUUGUGGGGAGCAAGACAGCAAUACAAGAGCUAACCCUUGCUGUUUGUGAGCUGGGCUGCAGUUUCUUCUGGGUUACAUGCAACAUCUGCACUGCAGGAGAGCCCUGAGCAAGUGGGACUGGUGGCUCUGCUACGUGGUUACUGGUGUACCUAAUGGCAGGGCCUCUCCAUCUGACUGGAAACACUGUCCAGGACAGUAAAAUACUGGAAUACUCCCACCCACAGCUUGCUACCUGUGAUGAUGUAGACAUGGACAGACUGCUGGAGAGUUGCUGCUGCUGGAGGAAAUUUUCUGCACAAACUCAGCUGCGCUCCUCUCCAAAAAGUCCAAGACCCACACAGCAAGGAGAAAGUAAAGCUGACCAAGGAGAGAAACAGUAUAGCUUCAGCAGUGGACACCUAGGGAAGAUCCACUCAAGAGUCUUUUAGGAUAGAAUAUGAUACCUUUGGUGAACUGAAGGUCCCAAGCGACAAAUACUAUGGUGCUCAGACUGUAAGAUCUACAAUGAACUUCAAGAUCGGAGGUGUUUCAGAAAGGAUGCCAGUUCAAGUUAUAAGGGCCUUUGGCAUCUUGAAGAGAGCAGCAGCUGAAGUAAAUCAAGAUUAUGGUCUCGACCCAAAGAUUGCCAGUGCUAUUGUAAAGGCAGCAGAUGAGGUAGCUGCAGGAAAAUUAAAUGAUCACUUUCCACUGGUGGUGUGGCAGACUGGGUCUGGAACUCAAACCAAUAUGAAUGUCAAUGAAGUCAUCAGCAAUAGAGCUAUUGAAAUACUGGGAGGCAAACUGGGCAGCAAAAUUCCAGUACAUCCAAAUGAUCAUGUUAAUAAAAGCCAGAGUUCAAAUGACACUUUCCCAACAGCAAUGCAUAUCGCUGCUGCCCAGGAAGUUAAUGAGGUGUUGUUGCCUGGACUGAAGAAGCUACAGAAUGCACUCGAAGCAAAAUCCAAAGAGUUUUCCCAAAUCAUAAAAAUAGGACGCACUCACACACAAGAUGCUGUUCCACUUACGCUUGGACAGGAAUUUAGUGGCUAUGUGCAACAGAUUAAAUACGGCGUGGCUAGGAUUGAGUCAACCAUGCCAAGAGUGUAUCAGCUGGCAGCUGGUGGGACUGCAGUUGGUACAGGAUUAAACACAAGAAUUGGCUUUGCUGAGAAAGUUGCUGCAAAAGUGGCUGAACUGACGGGCUUGCCCUUUGUCACUGCUCCCAAUAAAUUUGAAGCUCUUGCAGCUCACGAUGCUCUAGUUGAACUCAGCGGAGCUAUGAACACAGUGGCAUGUAGUCUGAUGAAAAUAGCUAAUGAUAUUCGUUUCCUGGGGUCUGGACCACGCUCUGGAUUAGGAGAACUCAUCUUGCCUGAAAAUGAACCAGGAAGCAGUAUCAUGCCAGGAAAAGUGAAUCCUACGCAGUGUGAAGCGGUUACCAUGGUGGCAGCCCAGGUUAUGGGAAACCACGUUGCUGUUACUGUAGGAGGUAGCAAUGGGCACUUUGAGCUGAAUGUUUUUAAGCCCAUGAUGAUUAAGAAUGUUUUAAACUCUGCAAGGCUUCUUGGAGAUGUUUGUGUUUCUUUCACUGACAACUGUGUUGUUGGAAUCCAAGCCAAUACAGAUAGGAUCAACAAACUAAUGAGUGAAUCCCUGAUGUUGGUAACAGCACUUAAUCCACAUAUAGGAUAUGAUAAAGCAGCUAAGAUUGCCAAGACUGCACACAAAGAAGGGACGACGUUAAAAGAAGCUGCUAUAAAGUUGGGAUUCCUCACAUCAGACCAGUUUGACCAGUGGGUGAAGCCUAAAGAUAUGUUAGGUCCUCAGUAAUGUCUUAAAACGAAAUACUUGCAAAACAAACAAA